AUGGCCAGCGACAAAAAGAGAAAGGCUUCGAGCAAGCGGCUGACGAAAAUCAAGGUCGCUAAGGUUCAGGACGAUGGAAAGGUGUUUCUUUCUGACUGCGGUCAUUUGUCCAUCCCUAAGGACGCCAAGUUCUCGUCCGUGUCUGACAAUGGAGAGACCUCCAUCAAGGGAAAAAGCUCCCGAAUGCGAUACACCAGUGUGCCUGUGGACCACGAGAAGUACUGCGUUGCCGUAAUUUCCUCUAAGGGCUUGGCUGAUCUGGUCCCCGCCGAAAGCAUUGAGCUGAAGGCCAUGUCCAAGCAACUAGCCAAGAGAGUCGCUGAGAACACCGAGCAGAAGUCCUACAGAGAACAGCGAGUCAACCUGGGUAACGAGUUUGGAACUCUCAAGGCAAAGAAGACCCUUGCCAGUUUGGCCCGAAACAACAUUGAUUCCAACGAGCUUGUUGACUUUGAGGACGAUGUCGUGGAGGCUGUCGCUACUGCCACUGCCAACCUACCCACUCAAGAGCAGGUGUCCAUGGCAAUGGAUGAUGCCCGACCCAUCCCUAAGCAUAACCUCGAGACUCUGGAUGUCAACGAGAUCUAUCCUGUUGAGGGAUACCUCACCGACGAGGAGGCUGGGUACAUUCGAAGCGAGGCCAUUCUGGACGAGCAGGAUAUCGGCAAGCGAGUGGACAUGCUUCCUUACCGAACCUCACAAAUGGUGCGAGACAGUCUCUACAAGAUCACCGACAAGACCGACGAGACCAUGUACAAGACCUCUCUUCUCUAUUAUCUGUCUCUGCUGAUUGGAUUCUACCGAGAUCGUCACGUCAAGAAGCGGGAGGAUAUCAAAACCAGACUCAACAACCCCCCAGAGUACCUCAUCGACCAGAUGCUCUACCGGUACACCACUCCCCUUUCUGGUGGUCACAAAUCACAACGGUACCACACUUACAUGGUCAACUCCAGAAAUGAGGCAAUGUUGCUGUGUACUAUCAUUAUUCUUGUGCUGAGACUCAACAACAACGUUGUAGACAUUCCCAUUCUGUCGCAGGAGGUUGGAAUCAAGCCUUCCAAGCUUGCUGACGUUUGCAGACAGGUGGGAUGCGCCAUUAAGAACGCCUCUCUGACUCACAUGGAUGAUAUCGGACGACCUCGAACCGAGGCUAGCCACUGGAAGAUUGCCUCGCUCAAGGCUCCGCUUAAGCUACCAGAGCUUGCCCAGCGACGACGAAGAGCCAAGAAAUAG